GCCCCGAGCACAUGCGCUCUGGACGCGCUCCUGUAGGUUUCCCGGGGUCCCAGUUCUAGGAGCAGGGGCGGGAGCGGAGGCCUCCCGCACUAAGAGGACGCCCCCGGGUUGUCCCGCCAUGCGUUGGGGGCUGCGCCCGCGCGGGCCGGGGGCGGCGGCCCUGGCCUCGGCCCGGAAUUUGUGGGGGCCGCCACGCCUUCCCUGUCGCCUGGGAUGGCGCGGGACGACGAAGAGGCUUCUACUGCGCUCAGUCACCGGGGCUAGCAACCAGCUGCCGAACUCGAAUAGCGGCAAAUACCGGGACACUGUGCUGCUGCCGCAGACCAGCUUCCCCAUGAAGCUGCUGGGCCGCCAGCAGCCGGAGACGGAGCUGGAGAUCCAGCAGAAAUGUGGAUUUUCAGAACUUUAUUCAUGGCAAAGAGAAAGAAAAGUGAAGACAGAAUUUUGUCUUCAUGAUGGACCUCCUUAUGCAAAUGGUGACCCUCAUGUUGGACAUGCUUUAAAUAAGAUUUUGAAAGACAUAGCCAAUCGAUACCACAUGAUGAACGGCUCCAAGGUACAUUUUGUGCCUGGCUGGGAUUGUCAUGGAUUGCCCAUUGAAAUAAAAGUAUUAUCAGAGCUUGGUAGUAAAGCCCAGAGUCUUUCCGCUGUGGAACUUAGAGAGAAAGCUAGAUCAUUUGCUAAAGCAGCCAUUGAGAAACAGAAAUCCGCAUUUAUGCGUUGGGGGAUAAUGGCAGAUUGGAAUAAUUGCUACUAUACAUUCGAUGCAAAGUAUGAAGCCAAACAGUUGAGAAUUUUUUACCAAAUGUAUGAUAAGGGCUUGGUCUAUCGAUCUUACAAACCUGUAUUUUGGUCUCCCUCCUCUAGGACUGCAUUGGCUGAAGCAGAACUGGAAUAUAAUCCUGAGCAUGUCAGUCGUUCAGUAUAUGUAAAAUUUCCUCUCUUGAAGCCUUCUCCUAAAUUGGCAUCUCUUUUAGAUAGUUCAUCUCCUGUUAAUAUUUUAGUCUGGACCACCCAGCCUUGGACAAUUCCAGCCAAUCAGGCUGUUUGCUAUAUGCCACAAUCAAAGUAUGCUGUUGUGAAAUGUACCAGUUCUGGAGACCUUUACAUUCUGGCUGCAGAUAAAGUAACAUCUGUUGCUUCUGCUUUGGAAACAACAUUUGAGACUGUUUCCACAUUUUCAGGUGUAGAUUUGGAAGAUGGUACUUGUAGUCAUCCUUUAAUUCCUGAUAAAGUCUCUCCCCUUUUACCUGCAAAUCAUGUGACCAUGGCAAAAGGAACAGGAUUGGUUCACACAGCCCCAGCUCAUGGUAUGGAAGAUUACAGUGUGGCCUCACAAUACAACCUGUCCACGGAUUGUUUAGUGGAUGAAGAUGGAAUUUUCACAGAUGUUGCAGGUCCUGAACUUCAAAACAAGGCUGUCCUUGAAGAGGGAACUGAUGUGGUUAUAAAGAUGCUUCAGACUGCAAAGAACUUUCUGAAAGAAGAAAAAGUGGUACACAGCUAUCCCUAUGACUGGAGGACUAAGAAACCAGUAAUUAUUCGUGCCAGCAAGCAGUGGUUUGUAAAUAUCACGGAUAUUAAGACUACAGCCAAGGAAUUGUUAAAAAAGGUGAAGUUUAUUCCUGGGUCCUCGCUGAAUGCGAUGGUUGAAAUGAUAGACAGAAAUACACUCCGCUUUCUUUUGGGAAACGUGACUGAUUUCAAUCCAGAGACGGACUCCAUCCCUGUUAAAAACAUGUAUGUCAUAGACCAGUAUAUGCUACACUUACUGCAGGACUUAGCAAACAAGGUCACAGAGUCAUACAGACGAUACGAUUUUGGAAAAGUUGUCCGGCUAUUACGAGCAUUUUACACCAGAGAACUCUCUAACUUUUACUUCAGCAUAAUCAAAGACAGGCUUUAUUGUGAAAAUGAAAAUGAUCCCAAACGACGCUCUUGUCAGACUGCAUUAGUGGAGAUUUUGGAUGUAGUAGUUCGUUCUUUUGCUCCCAUUCUUCCUCACUUGGCCGAAGAGGUGUUCCAGCACAUGCCUCAUGUUAAAGAGCCCAAGAGUGUUUUUCGUACUGGGUGGAUUAGUAGAAGUUCUAUCUGGAAGAAGCCCGGGUUGGAAGAAGCAGUGCACGGUGCGUGCGCCAUGCGGGAUUCAUUUCUUGGAAGCAUCCCUGGCAAAAAUGCAGCCGAGUACAAGGUUAUCAUUGUGAUAGAACCUGGCCUGCUUUUUGAGAUAAUAGAGAUGCUACAAGCUGAGGAGACUUCCAGUACUUCUCAGUUGGCUGAACUGAUGAUGGCUUCUGAGACAACUUUAUUAACCCAGGAACCACGAGAGAUGACUGAAGAUGUAAUUGAGCUUAAAGGGACAUUCCUAAUCAACUUAAAAGGUGGUGAUAUUUGUGAAGAAUCUUCAUACAAAGUAAUUGUCAUGCCAACUACCAAAGAAAAGUGCCCCCGCUGUUGGAAAUAUACAGCUGAGUCUUCAGAUACACUCUGUCCUCGAUGUGCAGAAGUUGUUAGUGGUAAAUAGUACCCUGAUGCUAAGAGCUCUCUGACCAAGAACCCUCCGGACAGUAGGUUAAACCCUCUGGACAGAUGGAAGAGUAAAUUAUGGAGGAUGAUGGUUAAAAUCAAAAUUACAAAAGAAAUAUUUCCUGUAACUAGAGAAAGAAUUGUGUAUAUAUAUGCAGAAAUAUAUACGUGUGGAUGGAUAUAUAUAUCUCUAUACAUCAUAACAUACUUAUUCAGAACAGACACACAUAUUUAGCUUGUUUUCAAAUAUGACUGAACAGAAAAUAUUUUAUAUUUUAUAAAUAUUUUUGACUCAGUAUUUAAGUUCUACCAUGUCUGAAAUAAAGGCAUUCUGGGAAACUACUGAUUGAUG